GCCCGGUUCGAGUCCCCGUCUCGGCCGCCAUGGCGGACGCGGAGCCGGAGGCUGAGGGCGGCAGCGAGGAUGGCGACGGCGGCGGCGGCCGGGCUCCUCCCGGCCAGAGCCGUAGCGCCGCCCGCGUGGCCCCGCUGGGCCCCGAGCAGCUGCGGCGGGUCCUGGAGCAGGUGACGAAGGCGCAGGCGCCCGCCGAGCCGCUGCCUUUCGUGCUGCAGGACGCGGCGCGGCGGCUGCGGGACGCGGCCCAGCAGGCUGCCCUGCAGCGGGGCCCGGACGCCGAGCCCCCGCGCCCGCCGCGCCUGCUGCCGCCCCAGCAACUAGAAGCCAUUUGUGUCAAGGUAAUAUCUGGAGAAGCCAAAGGUCAGGAAAGGCCAGUGCCCCUACUGGCCACCAUCCAGCCCAAAACAGCAAGACAGAGCCAGCCUCCCGGCAGGAAUUCCAACCUGAUGGGGCUUUGUGUCACCGGUCCUCAGCUGCUCAGGGUGCAGCCCCUCAUGAGAACCGGUCCCCAGCCACGCUUCCCGAGUGACUUGCCUCGGCCUCCUGCUCAGGUGUUUGUACAGAGACCACUGCCUGCCCUCCAGCCAGUCCCUGCAAAGACAGUCACAGCCCCCAAGCCCCCAAAUGGACAGGGCUUCAUGUUGGCCCCUUUGUCAGCUUCCGACCCGCCGGCAGUAACAUCUGUUUCAUCCAGUUCAGCUCAUUUAUUUAUUUCCAACUUGCAUACAGAACAUACUGAGACACUAAAAAAAUCUUUAAAAGUGAAAACACGUUCUGGACGGAUAUCUCGACCUCCCAAAUAUAAAGCUAAAGAUUAUAAAUUCAUAAAAACAGAGGAUUUGGCAGACGGUCAUCCGUCAGAUUCUGACGAUUAUUCGGAACUGAGUGUGGAAGAAGAUGAAGACCAGAGGGACAAGCGGGCUCUCUUUGACUUGUCAAGCUGCUCUCUGAGGCCCAAAACUUUUAAGUGUCAGACUUGUGAAAAGUCCUACAUAGGAAAGAGGGGACUUGCCCGGCAUUUCAAACUUAAUCCAGGCCACGGCCAGCUGGAACCUGAGAUGGUGCUGUCUGAGAAGGCCAAUGGGAGCAUGAUCCCGGGGUGCCUGGAGGAAGGAGCCGUUAGCCUGACUGCGCCAGAGCUGUCCACACCAGCUGCUGUCCGGGGCACAGGGACAGAGUCAGCACAGGGUAACCUGCAGAAUGGCCAGUCUGUAGAAGUUGAAGAGGCGUUGGUGUCUGAACCAGAAAAUGGAAGUCCUUCUGCUCUUUGGGGAUCAGAGAUUCACCUAGGACCUGGAAGUGGAUACUUCGAGACUUCUGCAGAGUCCAGCACAACCGGCCUCCAGCAGAGAGGAGUGGCUCAGCCACAUGGGAACCCUGCUGUGGCAGAGGGACAGAGCACAUCCAAGGGCAAAGCCAGGCUCAGGGAGUUCCUGCAGCAGUGUGACCGGGAGGACCUGGUGGAGUUGGCCCUGCCUCGGCUGGCUCAGGCUGUGACCGUGUAUGAAUUUCUUCUGAUGAAGGUUGAAAAAGGUCAUCUAGCAAAGCCUUUUUUCCCAGCUGUGUAUAAGGAAUUUGAAGAGUUGCAUAAAAUGGUUAAGAAAAUGUGUCAAGACUAUCUCAGUACUUCUGGUCUAUGUUCUCAGGAGCCCCUGGAAAUAAACAAUAAUAAGGUUGCUGAGUCAUUAGGAAUUACAGAAGAAUUCCUGAGGGACAAAGAAAUCCACCCAGACUGUGUUCCACCCAAGCGUCCCGGCAGAGAGACGGGCGGGGAGCAGCCGGAGGAGGCUGGCAGACGGAAGAGGGAAAAUGAGGCCACAGAGGAGGGGCUGGCCUUAGUAAAAAGGCCCAGAAGAGAAGCCCUGCCCAGGUCCACCACAGAGCCUCUUGCUGCCGACAGUGGAGGCUGGGAGAAACACCAGCCCUCGUGUGCUGCAACUGCCCGUGACGGUUUUGCCCCUCUAGUAAAUGGGAACAUCUCUCGCCGUUCUGAAGAAAGCCAUACGAUGACGGCUUCUGAUAGUAAUAGAAGCAUACUACACGCAGGCCAGCAGCUUAAGGCAUUCGCUGACUUAGAAGCCAGGAGUGGGUCUGCAGGCCCUGCCCUCCUGUGUCGGGAUGUUGGUGGACUGGUUCUUUAUACUCAGUUAGGAGAGCCUGGGAGUCUGACCCAGGCACAGGUGGCAGCAUUCCCUGAAGACAGUGCUCCAGAACAUUCUUCAGACCAGGAUGCUGGGGACAGCCUAAGGAGCCCAGGUGUCUGCAGCACCUUGUCAUCAGGUGAAGGGGUGGAGUCCGUGCUGCCUGGCGGGUCUGGAAGUGCAGAAGCAGGAAAUCUCCACAAGAUGUGUGACUCCCGUCUGAACUGCCCGCAGUCCAGCCCCAGCAACGUCCUGCUCACAGAGGCUGCAGCCCCUCCACUCGAGAAGAUCUUGCCCCUGAACAGUGCCCCAGUGGACUGCACCUACAGGACUGUGUCCGAGCCUGGGCCUCGGCCUGGCCCAGAUGGAUCACUGCCCACUGAGGGGAGUCUCAGGAGCCACCUGGGGGACCUGAACCAGUUCCCCUGUGGGGUGGAGGUACAUUCUGGCCAGAGAGAACUGGAAGGUGUGGUUGCUAUAGGUGAGGCCAUGGCUUUUGAAAUUACCAAUGGGUGCCACGAGUUAUUGUCUCAGGGACAGGAGCAGAUUUUUAUUCAGACUUCCGAUGGGCUUAUCUUAUCCCAUCUUGGUACGAUAGUGUCUGGGGAGGAGGACAUUGUCAUAGUAACCAGUGCAGAGGGGCCUGCCUUGCAGGUGGGCCCACCAGAAGGAGUCCCUCUGGAAACUGUGGAGUCAUUCCUCACCGUGGAGGCACAGCCCUCACAGUGAAAAGGAGUCCAGAUAAGGUCUAUUUCAAGCAAUGUAUGUUUUUCUAAUGUGAAUACUGAUACAAAUGAACCUUAAUUUAUAAAGAAUAACGUCUUCCUAC